UCGGAGUCGCUUAAACCAUGAGAGUCUUAAUCGGUGGCGGGACUGGAUUUAUUGGCCGAAACUUAAGCCGGGUGCUAAGAAGCCAAGGCCAUGAAGUCACCCUUAUUUCUCGUCAGCCUGGAAAGAACCGAUUAACUUGGGAUGAACUCUCCCGUAUAGGCCUCCCUUCCUGUGAAGGAGUGGUCAACCUGGCUGGAGUAAAUGUCCUCAAUCCUUUUCAGAGGUGGAAUGAUGCCUUCCGUCAGGAGGUCAUUUCCAGCCGCGUAGAGACCACAAAGUCCUUGGCGAAAGCCAUCAGAGAUGCUGAACACCCACCUCAGGCCUGGGUCCUUGUCACCGGCAUAGGAUAUUACCAGCCCAGCCACAUCACCAAAUACACUGAAGAAAGUCCAGGUGGAGACUUUGAUUUCUUCUCGCGCUUGGUGACUUCUUGGGAAGAAGCAGCUAAAAUUCCUAGUGAAGCUACUCGCCAAGUGGUAGUGAGAUCUGGUGCUGUGCUGGGCAAAGAUGGCGGCGCCAUUAGCCAGAUGAUAUGGCCUUUCCGCCUUGGAUUGGGAGGCCCCAUUGCUUCUGGACACCAGCAUUUCCCGUGGAUCCACGUAGUAGACCUGGCAGGAAUUGUGACCCAUUCCCUGCAGAAAGAGGGUCUUAGGGGCAUCUUAAAUGGUGUCUCGCCGUUUGCAGUUGACACCACAAACGAGGACUUUGCCCAAGCAAUGGGGUCGGUGCUCAAACGUCCCGCCUUCUUGCCUCUGCCGGGUUUCGUAGUGAAAGCCGUUUUUGGCUCUGAGCGAAGCACCAUGCUGCUUGAAGGGCAGCGGGUGGUCCCCAAGAGGACUCUCGAGAGCGGCUACAUGUUUGCAUUCCCCGAUCUGUCCUCUGCUCUCCAGGAUAUCUUAGAUUGACCUGAGAGGUGUGAGGAGGCUGCACGUCACCGUAUUUUCGUUUUGUCUAAUACUUGCUGGGUAGGCGCACGCUCAGUCUUGCCAGUAGGUUGGUUUUGUAAUUCCGUAGAUUGUUUUGAGCACCAGAGUUUCCAAGUCAGGAAGUUGCUCUGUUCGAAAAGAUUGGCUUCUUUCAAAAGAAUAAAAUCGUAUGUCGUGGUGGAAACAGUGCUGUGAGAAGAGGAGUAGUUUACGGUGAUUCCUCUCGUGGAUGACAGGUCU